ACAUAGCCGCUGACGUGUCUGUCACUUAAACUUACCGUGUGUAAAAAUUUGUCCAAACAGGCGUAGCAGAAUUUUUAUUCGAUUUUGUUUUAACAAACGCUUAUUCUGCGGCAGAAACUAUCUUAACAUGAAAAAAUUAGUUUUUGCGAUUUUUUACAUAUUAACGGGAUUGUCAGCAAUUCUAGCUACGAGAACUGUUAGUACCUAUCUAGAUAAUAAUGAUUUAAAUCGCCUGCAAAAAGUGUUCGCUGAUGGCUUACAAACUAAUGAUUUGCAAUCGAUAUAUUACUCGACUCUAAAUAUUGAAGUUACAAAUCCUAAAGAAAAGGAGUUACUAUGUAAAAAAAUAGUAGAAGCACAUACAGAUUCAAAGCUAAAUAACUUCGAAAAAGACUUUUAUUUAAUUGCUGCCAACAAGAACCUACAUUGUGCAGAAAAAAUACCAGAAUCUAUUUUGUCAAAAGUCUACGCUGCAUUUAAAAAUGAUCUGGGAACAACUCAGGAAGUUUAUUUUAGAUUCAUCUCUCACAAAUUAUUAGGAGUUCAAGUGGAUGAAGACGCUAUUAAAAAAAUAGCUCUAAAACUGCAAGAGGUGUUGAAAAAAGAGGACACAUUAAUAAAUUUGGGUUAUUCUUUUAAUUUAGCAGCUGAGAUGGGUGAAGCGGCUUCUUUUGUUGCAAAACGUGUCGAAGAUGCUAUUGCACAAGCAGAUGAGGUUGAUGGUAAAAUGUUGCAGUUUGAGGGUGGUUUAAGUAUAACUGCAUUAGUUAUUAAUGGUGCGAUUUCAGUAGAUAAAGUUAACAACAAACCAAUACCCAUGAGUGCGUUGCAAGCAGAAAAGUUUGCAAAUUAUUUCCUUAGCCGACGAUCGGUACAAACUCCUAAAGGCGCGCAUGUAUUAAUUGAAGCUUUAAAAUCAUUGAACAGUGUGAAAGACAUUACACCACUAUGCAUAAAAAUAUUUGGAAAUAAACAAUUGCCAUCCAAUUCUCCUGAAUUGAGUAUUGCUGUGGUAGACUUAUUGGGUAAACCAGUUUCACCUGUACCUAAAAAUAUAUAUGGAAAAGUUAUGUUAAAAAAAGAUAGGAGUUUGCUUGCCGAAAAAGUUGAGUUUGUAGCGAAGUCCUCAGAUAAAACUAUAUUUUCUGCAAACCUUUUACGUUAUAAACCAGUUCGUGGUAUUUAUACUAUUGACAUAACUGCUGAAAACACAUAUACACAGCAGUACACAUUCAAGAUUUUAGGUCGAGCUAAGGUUGAAUCUCUAGAAAUAAGUGUUGCAGAAACUUCAGCUGUUUCUACUAUUAAAAAAUAUAAUGCCAAUUAUCCAAAUACAUUAUCAGAAAAAUUAUCUGCUGAUGCAACUCAGAAGUUUUCACUAAAGGCAAUAAUUAUCGAUGACGACACAAAUAAGCCACUGACUGUUCAUCAAUCUUUUGUACGUUUAUUAAAUAAAAUUACUGGAGAAGAGGUUAUUUUUAUAGCUGAUCAAGAUAGCAGCAGGGCUUACAAAGUUGAUAUUGAUAUUGGAACACGGGCUGGAGACUUUAAUUUUAAAUCUGGAGAGUAUGAAAUUUCUUUGAUUAUUGGAGAUGCUUUUCUUUCCAAUUCAUUACAAUGGCACAUAGCUAAUAUUGACUUGCAGUUCCAACAAGAUCAUAAAGAUGCAAAGAAACAAGCAAUUCGUACUGCCCUUCCUGAAAUUAUUCACCAGUUUCGAGUACCAGAAAAACGGCCACCAAGAUUUGUAUCUGAUAUAUUUACAGGCUUAUGUUUAACACCUCUGGUCUUAUUAUUUAUUUUGUGGGGCAAAUUGGGUAUAAAUAUAUCUAACUUUAACUUAGCGCCUAGCACAAUUGGAUUCCAUUUGGGUUUCGGUAGCAUUUUAACACUUUUUGCUGUUUUCUGGUGGAAACUUAAUAUGUUCCAAACUUUGCGGUUGCUUAUACCUAUUGCUAUUGUAACAUUCCUGAGUGGUAAUCGCUUGUUAAGACGCAUUUACUCACAACGCGUAUCAAAACAAUCUUCUGGAGCAGCGUUAUCAUAGAUCAAAUAUAGUUCUUUUUAAGUUAAGCAGUGUAUUUAAAUUUUUUUGGUUAGUCUGAAAUGCAAAUAAAUUUAACACGAACUGAACACUUUCACAAAA